AUGCCAGCGGGGAGGGUUUAAAUGGCACCCAGCAGUUGGCGUGAGGGGCUGCAGGAGCUUGGGGGCUGGUGGCAGGAACAAGCCUUUUCCGACCCCAUGGAGCUGUAUGAGACAUCCCCUUAUUUCUACCAGGAACCCCGCUUCUAUGACGGGGAAAACUACCUGCCUGUCCACCUCCAGGGCUUCGAGCCACCAGGCUAUGAGCGGACAGAGCUCAGCCUGAGCCCCGAGGCCCGAGGGCCCCUCGAGGACAAGGGGCUGGGAACCCCUGAACACUGCCCCGGCCAGUGCCUGCCAUGGGCAUGUAAGGUGUGUAAGAGGAAGUCGGUGUCCGUGGACCGGCGGCGGGCAGCCACACUGAGGGAGAAGCGCAGGCUCAAGAAGGUGAACGAGGCCUUCGAGGCCCUGAAGAGGAGCACCCUGCUCAACCCCAACCAGCGGCUGCCCAAGGUGGAGAUCCUGCGCAGCGCCAUCCAGUACAUCGAGCGCCUGCAGGCCCUGCUCAGCUCCCUCAACCAGGAGGAGCGAGACCUCCGCUACCGGGGCGGGGGCGGGCCCCAGCCAGGGGUGCCCAGUGAAUGCAGCUCUCACAGCGCCUCCUGCAGUCCAGAGUGGGGCAGCGCACUGGAGUUCGGGGCCAACCCCGGGGAUCAUCUGCUCACGGCUGACCCUACAGAUGCCCACAACCUGCACUCCCUCACCUCCAUCGUGGACAGCAUCACAGUGGAAGAUGUGUCUGUGGCCUUCCCAGAUGAAACCAUGCCCAACUGAGAUUGUCUGACAGGCCGGGUGUCCUUGUGAGCCCCCCAAGCUGGCCACAGAUGCCACUGCUUCUACAGCAGGGGCCUCCUAAGCCAGGGCACCCUGAUGCUAGGAAGCCAGCUCUGGGAUGCCGUAGGCCAGACUAUCCCCUUCCUCAUCCAUGUAAGGUUAACCCACCCCCCAGCAAGGGAAUGGAUGCCCUCAUUCAGCUGCCUCCUUGGAGCAGAGGGCAUUCCCUUUCCAGGGAGGUAAAGCAGGGGACCAGAACACCCCGUCGUGUAUGCCUCAGCUCAGGGGGCAAACUCAGGAGCUUCCUUUUCAUCAUAAUGCGGCCUCUAAUUCCACCCCCCCAAAUGAAACGGUUUGAGAGACAAAGACAGUGUCCUGACCUGGACAAGCUGUGCACGUCUCCUGUUCUGGUCUCUUCCCGAUGCCAGUGGCUGGGCUGGGCCUGCCCUGAAUUGAGACAGAAGAAAGGGAGAGGAACAAUCCUCUGUUCCCGAGUCCCUGGGGAGCCAAGCUUUUGCAGUGAAUAUUGGGAACCUUCCAGUGGUUUUAUGUCGUGUUUUGUUUUGUUUUGUGUGUUGUUUGUAAAGCUGCCAUCUGACCAAGGUCUCCUGUGCUGAAGUUGCCGGGGGACAGGCAGGGAAAGGGGGUUGGGGGCUCUUGGGGUGAUUUCUUUUGUUAACUAAGCAUCGUGUGGUUUUGCCAUUGUUUUGUAUUUUUUUUUUGUUUUGUUUUGCUAACUUAUUUGGAUUUCCUUUUUAAAAAAACGAAUAAAGACUGGUUGCCAGAA